CAAAGAAGCCAAGGUCGAGCUCAUUCCUCGAGCGUAGUCGACCAGCCCAUGUUCUUCUGGCGCCCGUCCUCGUCGUCGCCGCCGCCGGCCAGGGAGAGCGCGCUCGUCGAGCUGCCCAUCGAGCUCCUCGCCAAGGUCCUUCUGUACUUGAACCACGUCGAGGCCCACCGGCUCGAGGCGACGCAUUCCAAAUUCCGGGCGCAAGUCGAAGGCUUCAACUGCUGGAAGGCCGACGCCGUGAAGAGCGUCGCAUUCGACAAGGCCAAGUGGUUCCAAUACGUCGCGGGUCUCCAUGGCCCGAGCCCGUCGCACCUCAACCGCCGGCAGUACCCGUGGAAGCGACUCGCAUGCCUAGGGUCGCUGGCGACGACCGACAAAUUCGGCCAAACCGAGCUCAUUCUCGAUGUCAUUAAGUACUCGUCGGCCGACAGGGACAGCGAAGCGCCUGCCAACACGCUCAAGCUUUCCAAGUGCUUGCGCGAGAUCCAGCGCUACGAGCGAUCGGAAGAGCUUUUGCUGCCGUACAACUUGCAAGAGCUGCCCACGUUUACCAUGUUUCGCCUCCUCACGCGGCGCAACUCGUCGCUCGGCGAGACAAUCCAGAUGCUAUGCGGCUGCUCGUCGGGCAACUCGUGCUACUGGAGCAGUGCGGCGUCGACCGAUCCGCACGCGACCGACUCGAUCUACUACCGCAUGCGGGGACCAUGCGUCGUGCAAUCGGUCGAGGUCGUGCCCUACCGCGUGUUUUGGCACCCGGGGGCGCCAACGUACGGGCCACGCCAAGUGUCCUUCUCGUUCUUCGCCGACCUGCUCGACAGCGAACCCUUUUACACAACACCCGCCUACGACGUGCGCAACGAAAUGACGAGCCAAGUGUUUACGCUACCCCACCGCGUCAUGCUGCAAGGCGGCUACUUUGGCGUCAACCUCCUCGGGCGCCAGCAAGCUCAGACGUUUGACAUCCCUGUAUGGAUGCAGCAGCCGACCCCCACGGAUCUCGAGGCGAAUUUGCCCAAGUACUACUGCUGCCUCAGUAAAGUAAGUGCGAAGGGUGUCUUUAUGGACCGCGCGCCGUCGGCAGCGGCGCUUCCCAUGCCGUAGUCGCCAUUCCUUCUGCAUGUAUUACUGCUACUGCGUACAAGUGCGUUCGAUUAAUGAUGAGAGUCGUCAACAC